AUGUUCAUAUAUCUAUCUAUCUCAUGUUCAUAUCUAUCUAUCUAUCUAUCUAUCUAUCUCAGCCUAUCUAUCUAUCUAUCUAUCUAUCUAUCUAUCUAUCUAUCUAUCUAUCUAUCUAUCUAUCUAUCUAUGUCAGAUUUCAUUCUAAAAAGCCAAAAAUUCUUUCUUUCUUUCUUUGUUCGUUUGUUUCUUUCUUUCCUUCUUUCUUUGUUUCCUUCUUUCUUUCUUUCUUUCUUUCUUUCUUUGUUCGUUUGUUUCUUUCCUUCUUUCUUUCUUUCUUUGUUUCUUUCCUUUUUUCUUUCUUUCUUUCUUUCUUCAUUCAUUCAUUCAUUCAUUCAUUCUUUCUUUCUUUCUUUCUUUGCUUCUUUCUUUCUUUCUUUGCUUGUUUCUUUCUUUCUUUCUUUCUUUCUUCAUUCAUUCAUUCAUUCAUUCUUUCUUUCUUUCUCAGUCUGUUCAUAUCUAUCUAUUAUCUAUCUGACUAUCUAUCUAUCUAUCUAUCUAUCUAUCUAUCUAUCUAUCUAUCUAUGUCAGCCUGUUCAUAAAAUUCUAUUCAUCUAUCUAUCUAUCUAUCUAUCUAUCUAUCUAUCUAUCUCAGCCUGUUCAUAUCUAUCUAUCUAUCUAUCUAUCUAUCUCAAAUUUGUUCAUAUAUUAUCUAUCUAUCUAUCUAUCUAUCUAUCUAUCUAUCUAUCUAUUUAUCUAUCUAUCUAUGUCAGAUUUCAUUACGCAAGCCAAAAUGUUCGCAAUAAUUUCUUUUCUUUAACCAAUCGAUUUCGACAGCCUGUUCAUAUCUAUCUAUCUAUCUAUCUAUCUAUCUAUCUAUCUAUCUAUCUAUCUCAGUCUGUUAUAUCUAUCUAUCUAUCUAAGUCUGUUCCUAUCUAUCUAUCUUUUGAGUCUGUUCAUAUCUAUCUAUCUAUCUAUCUAUCUAUCUAUCUAUCUAUCUAUCUAUCUAUCUAUCGCAUUUUCUUUUUUCCGUUCUCUCUAUUCAAUUUUCGCAUUUCACUAUUUAACAUUUUCUAUCUAUCUAUCUAUCUAUCUAUCUAUCUAUCUAUCUAUCUAUCUAAGUCUAUUAAAUCUAUCUAUUUUUUUGAGUCAAAAUAUCUAUCUAUCUAUCUAUCAUAUUCUGUUUUUAUGCUAAAUAUCUAUCUAUCUAUUUAUCUUAUCUAUCUAUCUAUCUAUCAAAUCCAUUCCAUUAUCUAUCUAUCUAUCUAUCUAGAAUCUAUCUAUCUAUCUAUCAAAAAUAGCAAUCUAUCUAAAAUCUAUCUAGUCUGUUCUAUCUAUCUAAAUCUAUCUACGCAUUAUCUAUCUAUCUAUCUGAGUCUGUUAAAAAUUUAUAUUUAUCUAUCUAUCUAUUAUCAUUAUCUAUCUAUCUAUUCUAUCUUUUGA